CACUACUUGUAUAUUGCUACACGCAUUCUGCAACAAUGGCCCGUCUACGCAAAGCCAGUCCUACUGAUCUACCCAUACUACCUCCAGCGUCAACACAAAAAAAUGGCACAAUGAGCCCGCGGAAAACACUGCGAGAGUCACCAUCCAAACGAGAGCUCAGAUACACAUCCCAAGAUAACGAAGACUCAUUCCUCGUUCCGAAAGCGCCAGUGGGUGAUACGCCCAGGAAACAGAGGAUCUUAAGACCGGUCGCUUCCAAUAGCAGAUUGUUGAGGAAAUUGUCAAAUGAGAGUCUAGCAUCACCGGAGAAACAUACCAGGAGGAGAGAGAGGGGGGAAGGAUUGACAUAUUUGUAUUCAAAGAGCUUGGCCAGGACGAUGGCGAAGAGGCCUGGUAAUAGGCCGGAAAAGAAGAUUGAGGUUGCGAUGGGGUUGGAAGCGGAGGCAGAGACAGUGCUUGAUCAGAGUCUUUGGUGUGGAGAUGAUGAAGAUGCUGUCGAACAAAAGAAACAUAAAGCCGAUGCUGGAGAGGAAGACGAAGACGGAUACGACGAUGAGGAGCCAGUUGUAGAUCCAAGGAAUAGGCGUCGCCAAUUGCACGCCGAAACCAUUGAGACGAAGCGAGGCGUAGAAGAGACGGUCAAGGACGGGGAUCCGGAGGUCGAAAGUAGGAGCAGGAGCAGUAGCUUGAAGGCUAAAACUGUAGGACUCGUAACUAAGACUGAAAUGCUGCCUCCACUUAUUUCUAUGAAACUACCCUUCCGAAAGGGUCAUAGCCUGAUAUCGAACUGGGCGCAAGAAGUCAUUGACUUGACAAGCUCACCAGGAGCUCCGCCAUCCUGCAUACUUCCGGCUCUGAGUCGAUCCGGUUCGCCUUCAUUCUCUGGAUCACGGCCGACGAGUUCCUUCUCCAACGAUGGAGCUGCCAUCCUUCAAUAUUCACCCAUCCCAAAAAGGCUUCGUUCUCCUCGAAAAGCUCCUCCAAUCUCCCGACCCAACACGCCUCCUGCACCACCAGCCAGUCCCUCUAAACUUGUCUCCCCCUCCAAGAAGAAAAACCGCAUUCCAGAUGCUACGGCCCUUCGUCCCAGUAUUGAUGCAUUCUGGUCCGCCGAAGUAGUCAAUGACUGGAAUGACCAAUUCUCUCCUGCGAAGCCAUUGAUAUCGCCCCGGAAGCAGAAAUGGCUGAAGGAGUUGUUCGACCAACAUGAUUCAGAUUCUUCAUCCAACCGUGAUGCCCUCUUUCCUUCCCCAAUCGCUUCUCCACGCAAGAAGUCUCAGAACCCAAUAAAGAGAGAUGCAUCAUCUGCCUCUCCAACCGUAGCCUCCAUCCGAGCCCAGCGCAAAGCCUUCGCCACCACCAAACACUCUCUCGCAGAGUCUUUCCUCGCCGAGCUCGAUGCCACGAUCACCAACGGCAAGAUCGCAGAACUCUCCCGGCCAACAGGCGGUAUCAAGAUCGUAUGGUCUAAAACACUCAAAACAACUGCUGGCCGCGCAAACUGGCGUCGCGAGCAAUUCCGCGUGCGCAUGGGUUCUCAGCCUACCGAUAUCCGCCCCGAGAUCCGACAUCACUGCUCCAUCGAACUCGCGGAGAAAGUCAUUGAUGACGAAGAGAGACUUUAUAACGUGCUUGCGCACGAAUACUGUCAUCUAACCACAUUCAUGAUCUCCAACCAACGCAAAAAUCCGCACGGCGCAGAGUUCAAAUCCUGGGCGCGGAGAGUGAGCGAUAAGUUCAAGCACUUGGGCGUCGAAGUGACGACAAAGCAUUCCUACGAGAUCGAGUAUAAGUAUAUCUGGGAGUGUGUGCUGUGUGGAUGUGAAUAUAAGAGGCAUAGUAAGAGUGUUGACACUCAGCGGCAUAGUUGUGGGAAGUGUAAGGGGAAAUUGGUGCAGACGAAGCCGACACCCAGGAGUACUGCGGGUGGAAAGAAGCCCGGAGGAAAGGGCGAGUAUCAAGUCUUUGUCACAGAAAAUUUCUCGAGGGUUAAGAAGGAACUUGAGGAAAGGGGGUUGGAUGCGAAGAUGGGGAAAGUUAUGGAGGCCGUGGCAAGAGAGUAUAGGGAGAGGAAGGGGGGCGAGAAGAGGGGAGGGGAAAAGGUGGUUGAUGAGGUGGAGCUGGCGUUUGAGGCCCUGCGGUUGGAGGAUAGGGUUAUGUGA